AUGCCGAGAGCAGCCUCCCGUGGCGGGGCGGCUGCAGGGUCUCCCAGCAGGGCCCAGGAUGGCGGAGAGGACGACGGGGGCCUGCAGAAUGACACGUCUCACAUGUCAUUUGAGGAGCUGUUAGAAUUGCAGAGUCAAGUGGGGACUAAAGCCUACAAACAAUUGGUAACAGGAAGCAGCACUAAGAAGCAGAGUUCUAGACCACCUGUCCCAAAAGCAUGUGUUGCAGAUAAGCACAGGCCUCUGGAGAUGUCAGCCAAGGUCCGGGUGCCAUUUUUGCGACAGGUUGUCCCCGUCAGUAAGAAGGUAGCCCGGGACCCCCGCUUUGAUGAUCUGUCAGGGGAGUAUAAUCCUGAGGUGUUCGAUAAAACAUAUCAAUUCCUAGAUGACAUCCGAGCCAGAGAGAAAGAGCUGGUGAAAAAGCAGCUGAAGAAGCGCCGUUCAGGGGAGGAGCAUGAGAAACUACAGCAGCUGCUUCAGCGAAUGGAGCAGCAAGAAAUGGCACAGAAGGAGCGAAAGCGGCAGCAGGAGCUACGCCUGGCCUUGAAGCAGGAGCGGCGGGCUCAGGCCCAGCAAGGCCAUCGGCCAUACUUCCUGAAGAAAUCUGAGCAGCGCCAGUUGGUCCUGGCUGAGAAGUUUAAGGAGCUGAAACGAAGCAAGAAGCUAGAGAGCUUCUUGAGUCGAAAGAGGCGCCGAAAUGCAGGCAAGGACAGACGGCAUCUCCCUUUGAGCAAAGAGUAG